CUUGUUUCGAAGAUGAUGACGCUGUGGAGAAUUAUCCAUUUGUGGCGAUGAGAGUUCGUUCCUCUACUUCCUCGACGGAAGUUAAUCAAUUUCUUUGAUUGGUAAUGGGAAAUUCAUGACUUAGACUUUUCCGACUUUCCAAGGUAUUGAAUAUUGUCACAAGAAAAAUCGACAAGAAAUAUUUAUACUGAUAUACGCUGGGACGAUUGACUCCCAUCUUCUGAGGUGGACUACCAUUCAAGAAUGAUAUAAAAGGCAGGUUGAACCUUUUUUUUUUUGAACUUUGACGAGGACGAGGACCUUCUUUUUAUGAAUGAGCUUCGAGAAUGUGAAGGAAUGUGACGAGAGUGAGGGAAUCUGUAUUAAAAGAGUCAAGGUGACUCGUGUGUUCUUCAAAAAAGGCUACACUUUACUGCGCAUUGUUUUUGUCACAAGUAGCACUACAUGAUCUGGGAGGAUUCAGUUGCAUCGGUCGUUCAACAAUAGAGAGCAAAAGCUCGUCGAGACGAGAGAGUUAUCUCAAAAGCUGUCGAUAUUCCACAUCGAUACGAAACUGCCUUUACGUGAGAUCGUAGGAACAGAGAUGACUUGUAAAAAUCGUUGCGUCGCAGUUGUACAUAGAUAAGUAGAAAAUCGACAUAGUUAGUUUUCGCUCAAGAACUACAACAUAGCUUGUUGUGUCGUAAGUUGUGAUACUCUUGCGCGUACUACUCGUUCUUCAAGAAAAAUACAACCCUUGCAUUACCUCCAUUGUUUUCACACCGACAUAGUUGUUGUUUUGCAUGCUAUCUCUGGCGUGGAUGUACACGAUCUCUCCUGUGUGGAUUGCAAUUUUAGCAGAGAAGUUUGAUUGUCUUAAUUAUGUUCUGACUAUUAGACCAGAAAGAAAAAGGGUAAGAGAUAAGAUUAACAUAUUGAUAAUAUUUUGAGACACGCAAAGUAAGGACGAAAACGAUGAGUGGAUAUCCUAAUUCUAUUUCUAGCAGAGAUGCUAGCGGGCCCAAGGUGGAACCUGACCCCACAAGCUUGUGGACAGCGGAAAGCCGGGCAAAGCGCGCAAAGGCGAGGCUCGAUUCACUCAGGGCUCAAGAGGACGAGGACAUCAGGAAUAUAGAUAGAAGACGGGAUGACAGGAUUGCCAGGGUCAAAGCGAGAUUCACAUCGGAGGAGGAAAGAAUAUCGAACAGCAAAAGCUACGCCGAAGCGAAGGCAGAUGCCGCAUGGGAACGUGCAAGACAGAGUCGGGACAGGGCGUCUGAGUUUGAUCGCCGUAGUUCCUAUGACAUCAGCAGGAUCAGAGACGGGCGGAGGGCAUGGGAGAGCUAUUAUGCAGAAAUACGGAGGAUCCAGGACACGCUGGGGACAGAGAGGGAGAGGUGUCGUCAGGAUCGAUCGAAGAAUAGAGACGACGAGACGACCGCUAUGAAUAGGAUCUAUGCCGAGUCGAGAGAGGAAACUUUGAAGGUCAGGGAAGCGCUACAAGCUGCUGACAAGGAGUCUGUUGAGGCAGAUAAAAAACUUGCUCUUGCCAAGUUGGAGUUUUCUAGGGCGGAAAAGCAUCGGUCGGAGUCGGAGAUCGAAGAAAAGGCUGCUCAGGACGAGAAGGCUGCUGCAGAAUCUGCAAAUGCAAGCGAUGAGGCAAAGGCUCAUUCUAAAUAA